GCGGAGGAGCCUGUUGCGGAGGAUCCAGUUGCGGAGGAGCCUGCUGCUGAGGCUCCUGUCGCUGAGGAACCAGCUGCUGAGGAGCCGGUCGUUGAGGAGCCAGCCGCUGAGGAGCCAGUUGUUGAGGAACCGGUUGCUGAGGAGUCAGCUGCUGAGGAACCAGCUGCUGAGAUGUCAGCCGUCGAGGAAUCAAUUGCAGAGAAGUCUGUCGCUGAGGCAUCAGUCACUGAGGAGCCUAUUGCCGAGGAUCCAGCUGCUGAGGCUCAUGUCGCUGAGGAGCCUGCCGCUGAGGCUUCUGUCGCUGAGGAUCAAGUCGCUGAGGAGUCGACUGCUGAGGAUUCAGUCACUGAGGAACCAGCUGCCGAGGCAUCGGCCACUGAAGAUCCUGUCGCUGCGGAGCCCAGUUGCGGAGGUGUCAGCUGUUGA